UCUUGUGCUGCGCGGCCCCGCUUCUCUGACAGUCCGCCUGCGCUCACGUGUUUUCUGUGUAUAAAAGGGUCUCAGUCUCCGCUCAUCAUGUCCAGUGAGUCACCAGACAAACGGCGAAAAAUGGAGUCAGCGCUGAACCAGCUGAAGAAACACACUGUGGUGGUGGCAGACACGGGAGAUUUCAACGCCAUUGAUGAGUACAAGCCUCAAGAUGCCACCACUAACCCAUCUCUUAUCCUGGCUGCUGCUAAGAUGCCAGCCUACCAGCAACUGUUGGAUCAGGCCAUUAAAUACGGCAUCGCCAAAGGCGGAACUGAAGAGGAGCAGGUAGCCAACACCAUGGACAAGCUGUUUGUGAGUUUUGGCCUAGAGAUCCUCAAGAAAGUCCCAGGCAGAGUCUCUACUGAGGUUGAUGCCAGACUAUCUUAUGACAAAGAUGAAAUGGUUGCUAAGGCCCUGAGGCUCAUCGCUCUUUAUGAAGAGGCAGGUAUCAGCAAGGAGCGUGUGCUUAUCAAGCUGUCGUCUACAUGGGAGGGAAUCCAGGCUGGCAAGGAGCUCGAGGAGAAGCACGGCGUUCACUGUAACAUGACCCUGCUGUUCUCUUUUGCUCAGGCUGUAGCCUGUGCAGAAGCAAAGGUAACACUCAUAUCGCCCUUCGUCGGACGCAUCCUUGACUGGUACAAGGAGAAUACAGACCGCAAAAGCUACGAGCCACACGAGGACCCAGGUGUGCUGAGUGUGACCAAGAUUUACAACUAUUACAAGAAGUUUGGCUACAGCACCGUGGUGAUGGGGGCCUCCUUCAGAAACACGGGUCAAGUGAAAGCACUGGCAGGCUGCGAUCUGCUCACCAUCUCCCCCGGGCUGCUCGCAGAGCUCAGUCAGGACCACAGCACUGUUACUGAGAUGCUCAAUGUGGAAAAAGCCAAGGUCUGUGAUCUGGACAAGAUCCACCUGGAUGAGAAGGCUUUCCGCUGGGAGCACAACGAGGACCGCAUGGCCGUGGAGAAACUGUCUGACGGCAUCCGCAAGUUCGCUGCGGACGCCAUCAAGCUGGAGACCAUGAUCAAAGAGAAAAUGCUCAACGUGAAAAACGGGCAGUAAUGGACAGAUUUGCCGUCUCCAUCCGCAUUGACAGGAAGUAUAAGGAGUCAGGAGGCUGCUUUCUUUGUCCCCAACUAUCUGAGAGAAGGUCCAAAGCACCAGAAGGCCUUUCCUCUCAUCCGACCAAACUCCAGGGACCUCCCUCCUGAAUGGACCCCUCUCCUCUCUUCGGCUGGGACUGACUCUGUUUUCUGACCAAACAUGAAUGGUGAUUGAUGCUAACACGGAUGUGGAGUUGUUGUACAUUAGUCCAUUAUUUACGAGAUAUUUGAACAGAAAGGAAAAACUUUGCAGAAAACAUGUCUUAAUGAGACUCGGUCUCAUCAGUCGUAAUAUUAUGUGACUAUUAGAAAGGACCAUGAGCACUUUUUGGCAGUAAAAGCCUACAAUUUUUAGCUAUUAGCACAAUUUGGACAAGGUUGAGGACUCAGCUUGAUAAGGACCAUUGUACGAUCAUUCCUCUGAAUAAAACAUUUUGCUCUUUAAAGAAAUAAAAAUCUGUCGUUUCA